ACCCUACGGAGGUGAAAUAACUGUUUUUAAAUUAAUAGGUGUUUGUUCCCUUUUCACAACGACCGUAUUUGCACACGCAGUAAAACAGUUUUGCACGCUGUUGCCUAGAUACUAUCCGGCUUCAUUGUACACAGACUAGGAGCCAUAGUUUGUGAGAUGCCGACUCUCUUGUGCCAUGGCAAAAACUAAGGAAACGGUUAGCAUAUCUACACCUGGACGCUGGCACUGGAAUGAUGAACUGCAAACACUUGAAUUAUUCAGUUUCAAUUCAACCAUAGAAACUAAAGAUAAAAGGAAGAAGAACAAAUCUAUUCACUUCCAAGAACAAGCUAACAAGCGUGUUGAGAGGUUACUGCCACCUUCACCUAUUCCCACAAGAGGCCCUACUGGUGUUCGCACAGCUGUGGAUAAAAAAUACAAUGGGAAAGCACAAUUAGGCACCUGUAAACCUUCACUGAAGCAUGGACCACAUGAUCAUGUAACCAUUGAAGAUGUAAAGAAUGUGGCAUUUUCCUUGCUGCAGGAAAAUGAGCCAAUACCUCUGUGUUUUAUGUCUCUAAUGAGGUGUCAGCAGGUAAAUGACUUUCUCUCAGCCCUGCUGCUGUAUCUAUCUUGUUAUUUUGAGAAACAGGCAUUGGAAAAAAAAACCCAACCUUUAAUGGCGGAACCAAGUUUAACAGAAAGAAAAAACAUGGAAGAGGCACAUAUAAAAGUUGAACUUGCAAAAAAACAGCUUGCUUGCGCAUACUCUGUUCUGGUUCUUGGACUUGGGAUGUCUCAACAGCACCAUAUGGAUUGUGGAAGGAGCAGGGUUUCAGCCACUUACAAAGACCGACAGUUAUUUGAGUGUCUUUAUAGCUUCUCCACAUACGUAGCGUGGGUGACAUUCAGACGCAAAGACCUUAAAGGGAUCCAGGAGGAAGUAGGCAGGCUCCUCCGUUCAGACACCUUUAAUCAUGCUGUCAGGAAGACGGAGGAUAAUAAUGAGGAUGCAAGAUCGGACACCACUCUGAAUGAAGAAAUAGGAUCCACCCGUGAAAGAAGGAAGAUGAAGUCGAAAAGACCAGCUAUCAAGAGCAUCGUAAAGCAGCGCUCUCCAGUGAUUACAUCGCUGCUGCCAUCCCCAAAGGAAAAAUCCCAGCACCUAUUUAAGACAGGUUGCCUAGAGCAGGACUGCUCCACUGACCCCUGUGGCACAAAGUCUCUGAUGGAGGAACUUCCAGCUGCUCUGUCUUCAAACUUGGGAAUAAUUGGACAACCUCUGAGCCAGUUUAGCCGUCACACUCUGGUGCCCCUGGGGGCUGAACAGGAAGAAGAGGAAGAGGAUGAUGAAGACCAUGCCAGAAACAGCAAAGCUUCAUUCAGAUCUAAGGGUCCUUUAUCCUCAGGAGGAGGGAAAUAUGCUGGGCUGAGCAGAGCAAAUACUGUCAUCUCUAGGGCAACAACAGUGGGAGUCUACUCUGAUACUGAAUAACCAGUAAACCCAAACAACAUUUCUUUGAGGGUCUUUAAUUCUCACCUCCUUGAAAUAUGCUUUAUGCAAAUAUCUUUUUAUUUACCAUUUUUGUUUUCUAUAUUUUGUUUAUGUUCUUAAGAUAUUUCCAUUUUUAUUUUAUAGAGACUCCAUUUUAUGUAUUAAAUGUAUAAAAAGGUUAGAUAUCCCUGAAAAGUUAAUAUUUGGAUUUUUAUAUCUACAUUUGGAAAACCUCCAAGCUUUUUUAUACUCUUCAAUUUUGAAAUCAGGAGCUGUUAAUCUACUUGGCUCACUGCUACAAUCCUCUUAUCAACAUUGGAGAGAUGAGGACAACACACAUGAGCCUUCUUUCUGCAUGAUUAACAGGGGAUGGAGGCAGUGCUUCAGCACUUGCAUUGCUUUACUCAGUAAUUUUUUUUUUUGAAGUGGAAUUUUCAGCAAAUGCCCAUUUAAUCCCCCACAGAUAUAUUUAUUUUAUUUAUAUAAUUUCAAUAAAGGCAUUCACCAGCAUAAUUACA